GCUUGCGACAAACCUACUUCAUGUCAUGCAUCAAAAAAGACACGCGCAUCCGCGGCCGUUUAGCGCUCAGCUCCCAAGCGAAUACCGCAGCAGCACAUUGUCGAUCACAGGUCAACGCACCGCGGAUAUUUUGCCGCUGCCACACUGGAGAAGGUUGAGAGAUCCGCCAGGGAGGCCUAGAAUAAGAUAGAUGGAGACAUCGGACCAUGCACCUCCGCCGAACUUUCGCCUCCGUCACCAUCCAAAAGCGCACCAGAGACCACCGUCUGCACCAACUACAGAGAAACCACUAUCAAUAAAGGCAUGUAUCUACGCAAAGUGGUGUAAUCGUCGCAUUCUGCGAGGCGUUCUUCCUGGCAGAUGCAGUGUGUUCUUUCUAUCAGCUUUACCACAUCAGCGCUUCUUCCCCACGGAGUCUAACCAUCUCAAUGCGAACGCAGGUCACCUCACCCCAUGACGACACGCGCGAUUCCUUCGCAUACGCUUCCCAAAGCCAAAGUAGGUAUAGUCUCUGGCUUCCUCAGGUCCAAUGCCCGGAAGCUAGAUGGAGCACAAGGGCUACUCGUGGGCACAGGCAAAGUGCGUGGUGGGGUUGGAUCGGAGGUCUGCGUAUCGAUGUAUAUCGAUACUUGACACCAACAUACUCAGUAAUCUUAGAAGUUCACGCGGUUGCAUACACUCGACCAGUUCUACCGCAGUAAAGACGACCCUGCACGUAUAUGACAAGCGCCCUGGUGAAGAGCAUAGUGUGUCUUACAGUAGGUGGACGUACACAAACAUCAUGGUUCUCCAAUGGGCGUCGGUUAUCUGGGGAGGCUUUCCAGGGCAGGGUGCUCGGCGGCGAUCUGGAUCGCGGAGAUUGGGAUGCGACG